GCCAUGGCAUUUUAUAAAGCUGCCCAAAGGUUCAUAAGCAUACGUGCAGUUACAGUGAAGCCCAUGAAAUUCAACGCAAUUUGGUGAAAAAUUUAAAUCCCAUACAAACAUGGCGGCCUCAACGCUCACGUACUACUUUCGAGCCCCUUUGCACCACCGCAGCCAGCCCCCAUCAAAAUUGAUGGGAGCCGAUGGAUGGAUAUCGGUGAUAUAAAGCACGCGCUCUGGCCCCCAACGCUUUCCGCGCGCGCUACCCCGCCAGAGCGUUCACGUCCGAAGGCUCCACAGAGCUCCCCAAAACGUCGGCCGGGAAGCGAGGCGGAGACCGAUCGAGCGAGGCGGCCGGGCGACAUGGGGGCGGUGGCGAGGCUGCAGGCGGUGGUGGCGUCGGGCAGGGCGGAGAGCCUCCUCCGGGGCGCGUGCGCGGUGGGGUCGGCGGCGUCCGCGCUGCUCCUCGGCCUGAGCGCACAGACCAAGACGGUGUUCUUCAUCCGGAAGAAGGCCGUGCCCAAGGACGUCGAGGCCCUCUGGGUGCUGGUCGUGGCGGCGGCCGUGGCCGCGGGGUACCACGCCGCGCGGCUCCUCAAGCGGCUCUGCUCCGGCGGCCGCUUCGCCGGCGGCGAGGACCGGGGCUGCGCCAGGGCGGUCGCGUGGGCAUGUUUCCUCCUCGACAAGGGAUGUGCGUACGUGGUGUUCGCGAGCGCCGUCGCGGCGCUGCAGGCAUGCUUCGUGGCGCUGACGGGCGUGGAGCCCCUGCAGUGGAGCCGGCUCUGCAACAUCUACACCCGCUUCUGCGUGCAGGGCGCCUUCGGCAUGGUCUGCGGCCUGGCGGCCGCCGUCGGCAUGGCCGUCCUCUCCGUCUUCUCCGCGCGCGAUCUCUUCCGGCUCUACUCGCUGGCUGGGCGCAGGCAGCCGCGGUUGAGAUCGGAAACAAGUCAGACGGGCCUCAUAAGUAAAAAUGAGGCGACGGGAGAUGACUAGGUUCCUUCAUGAAUUCUCAUCGCCAGGCCCUUGGAGUUCGUGAGGUCUGACAUGCAACCUUCAAGAUUAUGAAUACAAAGUGAAGUUAAAUCCAUUGUAGAACAGUCAGAGAAAAUCGUGUGACGAUGUUUCUACGUAUUCGUGAUCAUUUGUUUGUAUAGUCGUUUGCCGGUUA